AUGAAGCAUAUUAUAAUCCAAAUUCGGAGAUGGCUGAUGCAUACAAAGGUAUGGAGAGUCGUGGGCUUCACUUCAGCUGUUGUUGGAUUGGUUAGUUAUGCUCUCAGUUCUUCCUUCAACCAUCUAUUCGGAAAUUGGAAUUUGUGGAAGAUAUUUCUUUACUGUGUUUUUUGUUUCAUCAUCUGCUUCCUGAUUUUACUAGCAAUGAUAUGGAACCACUUGAGAAGUCUCAGGUUCAAAGUUCAAUUUGCAUUUUUGGUUUUAACCAUCACCUCGGUGUAUUCCUUUUUCUCUGAUAAAAUGAUGAAUGGGAAACCAGAUGCAUAUAGUCUCAUUUCAAGUGCUGCCUUUGCUGUCAUGUCACUCAGUUUGUCGAGGCAAACUCAGUGCGGAUUCGAAGUGGAUCUUCUUUACUUUUUUCUUGGCUGUUUAAUUGUGCAACUCAUGAAGAUUAAAUUACAGUUAUUCAUUGUUGGAGCUGGCUUCAGCUAUUCCCUUAUUGCUAUUCGUUCUUCCUUUCCUUCUGUUUCCAUAGAUGUAGCACCAGAUAAUGAGCACCCUGGUCUCCAAGAUGAUAAUUCGGUAGUUGUUGACGUCAUUUCACAACAAUUGGUAUGCACAGAUACCGCUAGUAGCAUGAUGGAACAACUCAUGACUUGUGUGAAUGCGAUUCAACAGGAGAAACUUAAUGUCAUCAAUAGUCUUUUGGAUCAAGAAGAGGAAUACUUUGAAAAUGCAUCUGAACUAAUGUUGUCUGAACGCAAUUCAGAAGGAGUGUUCAUGUUGGAGUUUCUCUUGCCGAAAACUGAAACUAUCAAUAAUCUUCAAGAAAUUGUAAAGUUGAUGGUGAGCGCCGGUUUUGUAAAGGAGUGCGCUGAUGUGUAUAGUAGUAGCCGGAGGGAAUGCUUGAAGGAGUGCCUAAUAAAACAAUUACUAGGUUUGGAGAAUCUUACUAUCGAAGAUGUUAACAUGGUUCCGUGGAAGGAUCUCAAAGACCAAAUUGGAAGAUGGAUUAAGACAUUUAAGGUUGCUCUCAAUAUAUUGUUCCCCGCCGAGAGGCAACUAUGUGAUCUUGUUUUCUUCGGAUUCUCCACAGUCGCCGAUCUCUCAUUUACAGAUAUUUGUAGGGGAUACACUAGUCAUUUUCUGAAGUUUGGCAAUGCUGUAGCAAAUGGAAGCUGUUUGCCAGAGCAGUUAUUUAAAAUCCUCGACAUGUUUGAAACAUUGCGUGAUUUAAUUCCCAAGUUUGAGUCUCUAUUUUAUGACCAUUACAGCGUGUCACUAAGGAAUGAAGCAAACACAGUUUUAAAGAAUUUGGGGGAAGCAAUAGUGGGUAUUUUCAUAGAGUUGGAAAAUAAGAUUCGCAGUGAGCCUGUGAAAGCGGCAGUUCCUGAUGGCAGGCUUCACCCUGUUCUCCGCUACGUAAUGAACUACCUCGUCCUCUCUUGUGACUAUUGGAACACACUGGAGCAGGUGUUUGAGGACUAUGGGCAUCCGUUGAAGGAAUACCCCAAUCUCGACGAUAGUGUACCCUCCUCUUCCCUUCUUUCAUUGCAGAUGGGUCAGAUUAUGGAGGUACUAGAUAGUAAUUUAGAAGCCAAGUCCAAAAUCUAUAACGAACCUGCUUUGUGUUGUGUUUUCUUAAUGAAUAGCAGCAGGUACAUACUUCAAAAGACAAAAGGUAAUGAAUUAGGGAAACUUUUAUCUGAUGAUGUUAUCCAAUAUCAUGAAGCAAAAGUUUUGUACAAUCAUGAACAAUAUCAGAAAAUCUCAUGGAGUAAGGUGCUGGGAUUUCUGAAGCUAGACGACAAUGGAAUAGUGCCUCCUAAUAUGGCAAAGAAGUCAAUGAAGAAGAAGCUCAAAUCGUUCAAUAUACUGUUUGAAGAAAUAUGCAGGGUUCAGUCUUUGUGGUUUGUCUUGGAUGAACAACUUAGGGAAAUCAUAAGAGUUUCCAUUGAGAGAAACUUGCUGCCAGCGUAUGGAAACUUCAUUGGGAGGUUUAUGAGUGUUAUGGAACUUGGAAAAUAUGAUGAUAAUAAAUAUGUGAAGUAUCAAAUGGAGGAUAUUGAAGCAAGACUCAAUGAUUUGUUUCAAAAUUGA